AUGCAAUUCUCAACUGCUUUCACAAUCGCUUUAGCUGCUUUGGCCAGUAUGGUCGUCGCUGACUCCGAAUCUUUCGGUAUGAUUACCAUUCAUUCCGGUACUAAUCUACAAUACGCUCAUGUCUACGCUGACAAUGGGAACUUAUUAGUCGGUAACUCAGGUGAUUUUUUCACUGCUACCGUAACCGAUGCCGGUAAGUUGAAAUUAAGUGAUGACAAAUAUGCUAUUGCUCAAGAUGAUGGUACUUUUAAAGAAGGUUCUGAAACUGAUGGUUCUACUGGUUUCGCUGUGAGUAAAGGUCGUUUGACCUACAAGAACUCCGAUGGGUUCUUUGCUUACCCAAUUGAUGCUUCCUCUUACACUUUAAGCAUCAAAUCUUCUGAUUCUGCUACUGGUAUUGCUGUGAGUGCUCGUUCUCAAACUGACGGCUCAACUAUUCCAGAUUUCACUCCAAGUGGAUCUUCUGCCGAUGCUUCAGUGGUCACCAGCUCUGUUGCUGUUACAAAAUCUGUUACAUCUACUACUUCUGUUGCAGUUGCCAAGUCUGCUACUGUUGCAGCUAUCUCUCAAAUCACUGAUGGUCAAGUGCAAGCUACUGUUUCUCAACAAACCGAGAACGGUGCUGCAAAGAACUUAGCUGGUCUAAGUGCCUUUGCCGCUGCCGCUGCUAUGUUAUUAUAA